CUUCGACAUCUCCCUUUCCCGACAGAACGACCUGCAGAUUUACAAUGAAGAGAACAGAAUCUGGAGAUAGAGAAUCAGGGUUGAAGCUCGCCGCGGAGCUCAACUGGUCGCCCUUGGUCCACACAAGAAUGGUUGGUUGGUAGGCUGGAAAUUAUGGCUCCUUGCUUGUUUUCUUGCAUUUUUUGAUCUGGAUUUUUCCAAGAAUUUUGUUUAUCGAAGAUUCCGAGAGCGAACCAGAAGGAAUCGAGGAGGCAGCUGCGUUGAUCUCCGGCUUCCCUCAUCCGUUGCCCCUGUUUCACCUUCCUCGUUUCGUUCGCCCUGUCUUCUCCAGAGUCACGGCGUUCCCGCUCCGGCAUCGCUGCUGCGACCAUUGAUCAGCAAUUCAGAUCUGAGAGGUAUAAACAGAAGGCUCACGCGCUUCCUUCUCCAGUGACUCUCUUCGUUACCGACUUACUGUCGGCUGUCGCCAUUUUGGCUGGCGAUUCAUUCCGUUGCCAGCAACCUCGGCGGUUCACUUCACUCCAUUGCCAUUUGAGAAUCGAGGGGAAUAGUCAAGAUUUAUUUGGGUGGCAUAACACCUGCACCAGAUAAUUUUGCUUAGUGUCAUGUAACUUGUUUGGAUAUCUGUAGCAAUGGAAGAUGAGAAGAAAGCUGAGCUUGCAAGUCUGCUUAAUGUCCUUCCCCCUGUAGAGUUUUGCUGUGUUUAUGGUUCAGCUCUCCAUCCUAAUAAUACAAGCAAGUUGCAACUUUCUCCCAUGGUAUUUUCUUUUAUUUUCUUAUAGUCAUCUAUGGUAGAUUACAUUCUUGGUGUAGCAGAUCCCCUGAAGUGGCAUACAGAGAAUCUGAAAGUGAACCAAGAUCACUAUGCUUCAUGGAUGGUGCAGCUUGGAGGGCCAAAACUGAUCGUUCAAAUUGCAGAAGAAAUUGGUGUUGGAGUACACUUCAACCCGUUUGUUUCUUGGAAGGACAAGGUGUUCAAGUAUGGAGUUGUUCGAAUGGAUGACUUGGUUCGGGACAUACUGAAUUGGGAGAGAUUCUAUUUGAGUGGCCGUUUACAGAAGCCUGUUCAAGUACUUGUUGACGACUUGGAUAUUGGAAAUGUGAACUCUGUCAAUUUGAGGGCGGCUACCUCUGCUGCUUUGUUGCUUUCUCCAUCUGAAUUUUAUGAGGAAGAUUUGUAUGCUAAGAUUUGUGGUCUCUCAUACACAGGGGACUUGCGUAUGCUUUUUGCAGAGGACAAAAAUAAGGUGAAGAAGAUUGUAGAAGGGCAAUUUGAAUUAUUCCAAACAAUGUAUAAGCCAUUUCUAGAAGAAUAUGCAACCAAGAAUUUGCUGAGAUUCUCUUCAUCAGCUGGUAAAAAAGCAAAAUUUUCUCAGGAUUGUGGUUUAUCUGCAGCUUCCUCCCUCGUUUCUUUUCUCCCUCCGACUGUCAGAAGUGAGCUGGGGUUCAGGUUAGGAGAAAAGGUUAAAGUAAGCGAGUCAGGUAAAGUUAUUCGCGAAGUUGCAAUUGGAUCCAGAGAGGAAGUUGCGAAAUGCAUGAGGAAGAUAGUGAGGCGACAGGUUAUGUUUUCGAGUGCCAGGCAAGCUGUAUCCGGUCUGCUGACGGUUGGUGCUGUUCAUGGAGCUAGAUAUCUUGCAAGUAAGAUGAGGAAGGCUUGGAAGUCCUGGAUUUGAACUUUCUAGGAUCAGUUCUGUCACUUCUUAACAAGAUAACCCGAUCGCGCCCUCUUAAUAGGAGCAGUUGCGACACCAAACCUCGAAGAACUUCCAACGGGUGUCCUCUAAUUCAAAAGGUUGGUAUUGUUAACAGACCAACCAAAACGCAAAGCUAUGGAUCAAAUUGACUGUUUAGGAUCUGUAGUGCCAGGAAGGAAGUGACUUUAGUUAUGGGUUGCAAUUUUAACUGUUGAAUUACCAAAGGCAAUCUCAUCUAAAUGUCGAGGCU